AUGCGCUUCUUACAGAAGACUCUCAUUAUCCUACUGGCGGAGCUUGUCGCCACCCAGCAACAUGGAAAUGAGCCCGAUCCGAUCGCCUUUCGACUGGCCCGAAGUUACAUCAUUGAGUUAGCUGCAGGAAAGUUGCCCAAGCUCAGCUCUAUGACAUCUGAAAGCGAGAUCAAGAUUAUCAAAAACUUUGACAGCGAAAUCUUUACGGGUGCGAGUAUUGAGACAGCCGAACUGAGUCUUGAGGCCAUUAGAGACUUGCCAGAUGUUCUUAAUGUUUGGCCUAAUAGUCCCAUGUAUUUGGAGCCAUCCGUGGAACAGGAUGAGGUCUUUCAAGCCGAGCCAUCGGUUGUGCAUACUGUGACAGGAGUGGCCAAGUUACAUGACCAGGGUUUCUACGGGAAAGGCGUGAAGAUUGGCGUCGUUGAUACUGGAAUCUGGUACAAACAUGAGGCGCUAGGCAACGGCUUUGGAGAGGGAUUCAAAGUUGCCGGCGGCUUCGACUUUGUUGGCAAUCAAUAUUGGCCAUUGAUCGGCCACGAGAAAGAGCCUGACGAAGAUCCCCUGGACCAGCUUGGACACGGAACUCAUGUUGCUGGUAUCAUUUCAGGCAAAACCGAAAGUUUCACAGGAGUAGCUCCUGACGCGACACUCUACGCUUACAAAGUCAUGUCUCAGCACGGCGCAACCGACUCGGCUACCCUCAUUGAGUCAUUCUUGGCCGCCUACAACGACGGAGUUGACAUCAUCACUUCCAGCAUUGGAGGCGCUGGUGGAUGGUCUGAAGAGUCUUGGGCUGUAGUGGCCAGUCGGAUCGUUGAACAAGGCGUCGUCGUGACCAUAUCAGCGGCCAACUCAGGAUCGCAGGGCCCGUUCUAUGGUAGCAGCGGCUCAUCUGGAAAGAAUGUUCUCGCAGUUGCAUCCGCUGACACUCCAACUGUCAACACGACUCGCGCAUCUUCAUUCAACUCCUGGGGACUUCUCAACGACCUUAGUGUGAAGCCAGACAUCACCGCCCCGGGCGGUUCAAUCUACAGCACCUAUCUCGAUAACGGCUGGACCACAAUGAGCGGAACCUCCAUGUCUUGCCCAUAUGUCGCAGGGGUUGCGGCUCUCUAUAUCAGCGCAUUCGGCGGGCGAGAUGUGCAUGGGAAGGACUUCGCUCUUCAUCUCGGGAAACAAAUCAUUGCUAACGCCAAGCCGCUCGCUUAUCAUGACGCAAAAUAUUCUGAACUAUCUGGUCCUGUUCCUCAGGUUGGCAAUGAGCUGAUUGAUGCAUACAAGUUGCUUCAUUCGAAUACGACUUUGGGCUUUGAACCAAUUGCUCUCAACGAUACAGCCCAUUUCAACAAACGCCACGACGUAACCGUAACAAACACUGGAUCUGAAGACAUCACAUAUCAUCUUUCCUCUCAAGACGCCUAUGGCGUUGAGACGUUGCAGCUCGACACUAUCAACGGAGACAAGAAGGUCAGGCUGCUUUCUGAGCUGGUGCCACAGAAGUUAGCAGUUGACGUAAGCUUGCCCGACGACUUCACUCUGAAACCAGGCGAAACCAAGACAUUAUCAAUCGAGUUCACCAAUCCCGAAUCGCUUGGAUGGAAUGCAGAUGUCUUGCCUCUUUACAGUGGCAAGAUCAUCGUAUCUGGCGACAACGGAGAUGAGCUUUCGGUCCCUUAUGCAGGUGUCGCGGCCAAUUUGCAGGCCCAGCUUCAACCCCUCUUCAGGAACGGUUAUCCCUAUGUGGUCUCCGGUGAACCCGCUCAGAGGGGUAAAACUUCAUUCACUUUCAAUCUAACACUCGGAGUUCAGGACUUCCCCAAGAUCAAUCACAACAUUAUUUGGGGCACGAAGCAACUUCGAUGGGAUAUAUUUGAAUCCGACUGGAUAGAGAGCCAGUGGGUGUAUCCGCCCGUGGUCGGCGAGAAUGGAUACGUCGGAUCUGGUGCAUACUGGACAGGGUCUGGACAAGCACCAUUCUUUGACCCGGAUCGAUGGGAUGCCGAUGAUACGUUAUCUUACCCCAAGGUAUACCAACCUAGAAGCAACUUCAACUUCGAGAACUGGUGGUUUGGAAAGCUCGUCAACGGCAGCCAGAUUGCCCUUGGAAACUACACUCUGCGGUAUGCCGCCCUGAAGCCAUUUGGAGAUCCGGGCCAGUCAGACGACUGGGCCACCUUCACCACACCGCUUGAGGUUCUUGGGCAGUAUUGA